GCGGUGCGGGGGGUGAAGGCUGGUUUUAAGGAAAAGCAGCGGAGAGAGCGCUGCUGCGCUGGGAACCAUCCGGAGAGGAGCUGAAAGACGGAUAUUCCCUGCCUCAGGACACACCCUCCUCGCUCCCUCUCUCCACGCAUUGUUUCCCACACUGAAUGUGCUGCCGCCGGGCGUCACAGCAAGCUUAGAACAUGACCACCCAGCUUCUCAGCUGAGAAGAGUGCUGUGCGGAACCAUUCAAGAAUUAAAUCUGCUCUGCACCUUAAUUGGAUGAAUAGACACUUUCCCCCCCAUCAAGGAUUGCUCUUUCAACCUGAAUCGACUCUGAACGCCGACUGGAGAUGAAGGGAGAGUGUCAGCUAAUAGGGAUGAGAGUUCAAGUCAAGUGAUCGGGCGACAGAUUGGACCCGCAAAGCCUCUUAACGCAGGUGGCGGGAGGCGCACGGGAGUGUUUGUAUGAAGUCCGUGGGUUUGUCUGCGCGUCUGCUUCCCAGCGGAAAUCCUCCGUGGACACAUCAGCAAGGUGGUGAUCAGGUGCGCGCCUAUGCAAGGUGGGUGUGUUCAGGGAUUAAGAGCUAGGGCAUAGAUAGUUAUGGUCGCUUUGAUCUAGACGUCAUGAAGUUGCUUGGUGGGAGUUUGAGGGUUUAAGUCCAGGCAGCGGGAGGAGGAGAGCUGGGCAGACAGAGGGCGCAGAAAGGGAGGAGGAGAACGCCGCCGUCGCCGGAGCGCACAGCACAGUCCCUGAUCCCCUGACGCAGUGAUGAAUAGGUCAAGAGCGCACGCGGGAACUAGUGUCCGUGAAAGGAGCGGGCGUAAAAGGAGCAUCUGGAAACAAGAGAUGAGGACUGAGCGACUCCAGGGACAACUCCAGCUGAAGCGGACUAUGAUUUUUCUCGCCGCACUCACCAUGCAACCACAGGUGGUGUGUGGUGGAGGGCUGUUUGAGCUUCAGAUCCGCCACUUCCAGAAUCCCCAUGGGCUGCUGCAGAAUGGAGAAUGCUGUGAUCUGCAGACCAGUGGGGGACAGCGCUGCUCUUCUAGGGACCAAUGUGACACCUUCUUCCGAGCGUGCCUCAAGGAGUAUCAAGCUCGGGUCGCCUCCACUGGGGCCUGCACUUUUGGUGUGGGAUAUUCAGGCAUCCUGGGUGGAAACUCCCACUCGUCACAUCACCUGAGACACAGUGAAGGAGGAGGAGAAGGAGAAGACGGAACUAAUGGACACAUUGUCAUUCCCUUCUCUUAUGCCUGGCCAAAGUCCUUCUCUCUGGUCCUGGAAGCUCUGGAUUAUGACAACGACACAUUAGAAACAGGUCAGUUGAUUGAGCGGGUCCUUCUGUCCUCCAUGUUGAACCCCGGCGAACAGUGGCAGCCGUAUCGACACCACGGACAGAGUCUCAGUGUGGAGUACUGGCUUCGAUUCAGAUGUGACUCCAAUUACUUUGGACCUUUCUGCAACAAGUUGUGCCGGGCUCGUGAUGACUUCUUCGGCCACUUUAGCUGCGACCCCAGUGGCACAAAGGUCUGCAUGGAGGGCUGGACAGGACCAGAGUGCAAAGAAGCAGUGUGUCGGCAGGGGUGUCAUCAGACCCACGGCUAUUGUACUGUCCCCGGAGAAUGCAAGUGUAACUAUGGCUGGAGGGGGUCCCUGUGUGACCAGUGUGUGACUUUUCCUGGCUGCGCACAUGGGAGUUGCACAGAGCCUUGGAAGUGUGUGUGUGACGUCAACUGGGGAGGACUUCUGUGUGACAAAGAUCUGAACUUUUGCGGCACCCACACACCUUGUAAGAACGGAGGCACCUGCACAAACACAGAACCUAACGAGUAUCAGUGCGAGUGCCCGGAGGGUUUUCGAGGACGCAACUGUGACAUUGCCGAACAUGCAUGUUUGUCAUCUCCAUGUAUGAAUGGGGCCACCUGUGUGGAAGACCUGGCAGGCUUCAGCUGCGUCUGCGCUGAAGGCUGGACAGGACACACCUGCUCAGAAGUGGUGAAGCAUUGCGAUCGCAGUCCCUGCGGACGUGGAGCAACGUGUCAGGAUGUUCCUGAGGGUUUCCGUUGUCUGUGUCCACCUGGAUGGACUGGCAGGACAUGCCAGUUAGACACCAAUGAAUGUGAAAAAAGCAUUUGCGUCCACGCCCGGUCAUGCCGAAACCUGAUCGGUGGAUACCUGUGUGACUGCCUUCCUGGGUGGACGGGGCCUAAUUGUGACAUCAGGAACAGCAGCUGUCAAGGUUUGUGCCUGAAUGGAGGACACUGUGAGGACCAAGUAUCUGGGUCAAACUGCUUGUGUCCACCUGGUUUCUUGGGGAAAUUUUGCCAAAAAGGCCCAAGUCCAUGUGACAGCACCCCUUGCCUGAAUGGAGGAUUGUGUCAGGAUAAGGAUGGACAGACUACUACCUGCAGUUGUGCUGUGGGAUAUUCAGGAAACUUCUGCGAGAUUGCCUUGGAUCUUUGCAAUCCCAAUCCCUGCCAACAGGGACUGGAAUGCCACAGUGUAGAGGGCAGGUUCAUGUGUGCAUGUCCUGAUGGCUACCAUGGUAGGGAGUGUGUGAGCCUCAGAAGUACUUGCAAGGGGCAGCACUGUGAAAGUGCUGUGUCUGACACAACCAAUGGGAGCCUCAGCUUCUACAUGAUCCUGGUUGGAGUCCUAGCUCUGGUGACUGUGUGUGGCUGUGCCGCUUGUGCUUUCGUCUUCUCACACCUCCAUCGUAUGCGGAAAAAACAGCAAGAGGAAGUCCCACAAGAAGAGGGCAUCAACAACCAGAGGGAGCUCGUCAACCUAAUACGAAACGUAGACCGUCCUGUUCCCCUGCUGCCUCCCACAGCUCCUCUCACUCAACCUCCGCCUCCCACCCCUUGCUAUGAAGAGAUUGAAUUGACAUUGCCCCCCUCCCCAGCUCUAUCAAACCCAUCACCCGCACUAAAGCCAGCCCAUGCUGCCAAACUGGACAUUUCAAACCGAGAAAGGGAGAAGUUGAACCGUUUCAACCAAGCAGACAAUCAGGAGCUGGAGGUCUGACCCUGUCCGAGACCUCUGAGGAACUUUUCUAAAACUAUUUUGCAUCUGUAGCACUUUUUUAUUUGCUCACAGAAUCCCAUCUCCAGUUACUUGCACUAUAAGUCAACUGAAACGGCCUGAAAGGUUCCUAAACUCAGAUGGCUACCGACAAACAUGUGAGGAGCAUAAGCUGCUAAAUGGUAGGAUCAGAGGACUUACUAUGAUGUCAUCUUUCACGCCACUUGGAAGGCCAUAAAAAGCAGUAGGUGGGCGAUGCUUGACUGAAAAGUGUAAACACUUACCCUAGUGUGCCUGAAAUACUGUCAACAGCAAACAGAAGAGCCUCCUCUGCAGGAUAUUUGUAAAGUUUGUCAUGGUCCACGAUGCAAGCCGAUGGCUCAUUUCUAUUGAGACUGAAGUAUGACAAACAAACAAUGAUUUAAUGUCUAUUUAACUAUGUUUGUGCUUGGCUGUGUGCAUAAGGAUGCUUGAAAGUGAAAGAAUGUAUAUAAUGAGUGUAUGUCAGAAAGAAUGUGGGCUUAAAAAUGUGUUGUUUGAGUAAGAUCGAACAAUAUUGUCGAUAAAGACGUUCAUGUUUCCGGCUUUAAAGCCUUAACUUUUAAUUCCAAACACUGUUGCCUGUUUUUAUUUUCUCUGUAAUACUGCAGUUUGUUGAAGAUUCUUUUUCUUCUUUCUAAAAUUACUCUGUAAAUUAGCUUUUUGUACAUAAACACAUUGUACAUAUUGAGACUCUUUUUGUACUGUGUUCAGUCUGGAAGUAUACCUUUUUUACUUUGCUUUUUUUGUCCCAUCAUGCUUUGAGUUUGGAGCAAACAGCACAUGUGUCUUGUAAUAAAAGUGCAUUUAACAACUUUA